AUGGCGGCACUGGAGAAGAGAGGAGGGCACGCACCCUUCAUGAGAGCAGUGAAGCCCUCCAGUCCUUCGGCAAGGCAGAGGCGCUCCAAGAGUGAUUUGGACGACAAAGAUGCCAACGGCGCACCGCGUUCUUCGCAGAAAGCAUCAAGCCAGACUAAGCUGGUGCAAGGCAGAAACUCCAACCCUCAGCAGAAAUGCGAAACCAACACUAUGUUCGCUUGAACGUUUCUGUGGCUUAUAAAUCGGCUGAUGUUGUUUUGUUACGAGAGAAAAACACUGUAUCAUGGCUGAUAGGAUAAAGAAGGAAAUUCAGCAGCCCAGGAGCGACACACAGAGCUCCCUGAAGAAAGAGCCGGCUACUCAGCUGAUAAGGGAGGUUGCGACAUUGGAGCUGGAGAUCAAGCACUUGGAGCAGUACCUGCUGACACUCUACCGGAAAGCAUUCGAGCAGCAGCAAGUGUCUUCAGAUGUUCGUCGGGACCGGGAAGCGGCGGCGCGCAAGCUGUCGGUGAGCUCGUGGUCAGGGGAGGCGGCGGUGACCCGACGAUGCUCCACUACAGCUGCCCUCCGCUUAGCGGCAAGGGGAGGAGGAAUAAUGGCGGUACGGUGGCGGACGACUGCUCGCCGUCGACGUGCCCCCGGAGGACGACCGCGGACUUGGUGGACACGGCCGGCCUCCGGUGCCAGUCGGCGCUGUCGUUCCGAGGCGCGUGGUUGUCGUCGUCGUCCAGGAUAUCGCCCACGGAGGACAGCCUCGCGAGGGCGCUCCGGUCCUGCCACUCCCAGCCCUUCUCCUUCCUGGAGGAAGGCGAGACGGCGCUGUCAGGAGUGGUGAGCUUGGCGGACUACCUCGGGACGAGUGUGGCGGACCACAUCCCGGAGACCCCGAACAACCUGUCGGAGGAGAUGGUGCGGUGCAUGGCCGGGGUGUACUGCAGGCUGGCCGAUCCGCCGCUGCUGGCGCACCACCGGCCGUCGUCGUCGCCAUCGUCGUCGCUGUCCUCGGCGCCGAGCGCGGUCUCCCCGCAGCAGCACCUCGGCGGCGACGCUGACAUGUGGAGCCCCAGCAGCUACUGCGGCAGGAAAGACGGCGCCCAGCUCGACUCCAGGCUCAUCAACCCGUUCCGCGUCGAGGGGCUCAAGGAGUUCAGCGGGCCCUACAGCGCCAUGGUCGAGGUGCCGGCCAUCUCCCGCGGCCGCACCAGGCUCUGGGAGGCCGAGGACCUGCUCCAGACGUACAAGCUGAUUCUUUACCGGCUGGAGACUGUGGAUCUGAGGCGGAUGACGGGCGAGGAGAAGCUCACGUUCUGGAUCAACGUGCACAACGCGCUGGUGAUGCAUGCGUACCUCAAGUAUGGCGUCCCGCAGAACCAGCUGAAGAAGCCCAACCUUAGUCACACAAUUCCUCCACCUCAACAGAGAGCAACUGGCCGGAAAUGGCUGACACGAUGCAAUGCGACGGAUGGUGCUCGUGCAGGCGGAGUGCAAGAUCGCCGGGCACGCCAUCAACGCGGCGGCCAUCCAGGGGUUGGUUCUCGGGUGCAGCACGCACUGCUCCUCCGGACAUUGGCUGCGGACUUUGCUGCACUAUCCGAGGACGAAGACGAGCCGGGCGAGCAAAGCCGGGAGCGAGGAGUGGCGAGCCUUCGCCGUCCGGCAGCGCUUUGCUCCGGUAGCCACUCCGAUCCCGCGGUGCGGGUGUACUUCCCGAAGCGGUUGGCGCAGCAGCUGGAGGCGGCGCGGGAGGAGUACGUCCGCGCCACGGCGGGGGUGUGGAAGGACCACCGGAUGCUGCUGCCCAAGCUGCUGGACGCCUACGCCCGGGACGCCGGCCUCUCGCCCGACCGCCUCCUCGACGCCGUGCAGCGAUGCCUCCCGGAGACGCUGCGGACGGCGGUGCAGCGCUGCCGCCGCGGCGACGGCAGGUCCGCAGGCAAGGUCGUCGAGUGGGUGCCCCACCGGCAGAGCUUCCGGUACCUGCUCGCCAGGGACCUCGCCUUCCCGCACCUCAGCUAA